UCUCAUGGAGUCCCUGGUGGGUGGGAACCACACUGUUGUCACCGGCUUCAUUUUAUUGGGCUUAACAGAUGAUCCCAUCCUCCGAGUCAUCCUCUUCGUGAUCAUCUUGUGCAUCUACCUGGUGACCAUAUCUGGCAACCUCAGCACAAUCAUUCUAAUCAGAAUCUCCUCUCAGCUCCAUCACCCUAUGUAUUUUUUUUUGGGCCAGUUGGCUUCUGCUGACAUAGGCUUUUCAUCCUCUGUCACUCCCAACAUGCUUGUAAACUUCCUGGUGGAGAGAAAUACAAUCUCUUACCUUGGAUGUGCCAUCCAGCUUGGCUCAGGUGCUUUCUUUGGGACAGCUGAAUGCUUUCUCCUGGCUGCCAUGGCAUAUGAUCGCUUCGUGGCAAUCUGCAACCCUCUGCUUUAUUCAACCAAAAUGUCCACACAAGUCUGUGUGCAGUUACUCCUACUGGCUUAUAUAGGUGGUUUUCUCAAUGCUUCCACUUUUAUAUUUUCCUUCUUUUCUUUAUUCUUCUGUGGACCAAAUAGAGUCAAUCAUUUUUUCUGUGAUUUUGCUCCUUUAAUUGAACUCUCCUGUUUUCAUACCAGUAUCUCCACAGCUGUUCCCUCAUUUUCUUCUGGCUCUAUCAUCAUGGUUACUGUGUUUGUCAUAGCCGUCUCCUACAUCUGCAUCCUCAUCACCAUCCUGAAGAUGCGCUCCAGGGAGGGGCGCCACAAGGCCUUCUCCACCUGCACCUCCCACCUCACUGUGGUCACUCUGUUCUAUGGGACUAUCACAUUCAUCUAUGUGAUGCCCAAGUCCAGCUACUCAACUGACCAGAACAAGGUGGUGUCUGUGUUCUACACGGUGGUGAUCCCAAUGUUAAACCCCCUUAUCUACACUCUUAGGAAUAAGGAGAUUAAGGGAGCUCUGAAGAAUGAACUUGGUAGAAGAAUAUUUUCUAGGGAUUCCUGCAAUCUUUGCAGGAUUUCAUAG